UGCCGCCUCAGUGAAACUUCGUUCGUCGUCGUAAGCGCCUCGUAUUGGCACGGUGGCGUACGAAGCGAAGCUUCGGCAAAGUGUCCGUAAGAACGUUAACGAUUGCCGAACGGAGCAGUCGCGUUCGCGCGUACCUAAUAUACGCGCGUUGGGAUUACGUUCUGUUGUUGUCAAAAAGAAAGAAAGGCAGGAGAAGGAAAGACGAGAGAUAUGUAUUCUCCCGUCAUUUAUCGUCGUAGGAAGUUCGACAGCGGGAAGAUGUCGUCGGGUAGAUAAUUGUUGUCCGAGAGCAGCCUACGGGCGAGUCUCUUGAAGGCUUCAGAAGGAAACGAAAUAAAGAAAAGGAGAGAGAGAGAGAGAGAGAGAGAGAGAAAGAGAGAAACUUGGCACUACGUUCAAAAAUACAUACAUACACACAUAUGUAUAUAUAUGAUAGAGAAAAAGAGAGAGAGAGAUAUAUAGGUAGAGAAAAAGAGAGAGAGAUAUAUAGAUAGAGAGUAUACACGAGCAUAUAUAUUAUAUCGUAUUUUGCAUCCUUCUCUUUCUCUCUCUUGCGGGAUUUGUCCCUCCUCUAUCGCCAACGUCGACACACCGUCAGAACGUUUAUCAUCAUUCGUCGUCGUUGUAAUCGUCAAUGUUUUCUAACCGUAAUCACGGAAACGGUGGUGGUAAUUAAAAAGGAGAAGAAGAAGAAGAAAAGGGAGAAAUAGAAAAAGAUUGGAAGGAAAAGGUGACAGUGCCAACGUCGUUGGAAUUUAUGGUGCGCCUGCGAGAGAGAAAGACUGUAAAGUGAAAGAAAGAUAUAUAUAUAUAUAUAUAUAGAGGAGAGAGAGAGAGAGAGAGAGAGAGAGAGAGAGAGAGAGACAGAGGUAACGCGAGCUACGAGAGAGAUUAUUGGAGAUAGAAAGAGAGAGAGAGAGAGAGAGAGGGAUAUAUCGGUGACGGGUGUGUGUGCGCGAGAAACGAGACAUACGGUGCUAGAGAAGGCACGAAGAAGAAAUCUAUCGGUACUCUUGUGCUUUAGUAAACGUCGUUUCGAUCGUCGUAGUUGGUUGAUGGUAGUGGUUGUGCGGUGACAGUUCUCCCGUUGUCCCGUUCAAAAAAAAGUGUUCUCAUGUGUAUGUCAUCUCCGUUAAGGCUUAAGAAAGAUAGAAUAUAAGAGAAAGAAUCAACAAUAACAAUAACAAUAACAAUAACAAAAAGAAGAGGAGAAAAGAAAAAAUGCCGGGCCUAAUCGCGGUGAGCGAGUUCGUCGAGGAAACGAGGGAGGAUUAUAACUCGCCCACUACGUCGACCUUCGUUUCUCGAAUGCCACAAUGCAGGCAGACCAUCACAUCCCUCGAAGAGACUCUGGACUUCGACAGAGACGGUCUUACCAAACUAAAGAAGGCCAUCAAGGCAAUUCACAAUUCUGGAAACGCCCACGUCGAUAACGAAGUUUAUCUCGGGAGAGCCCUUGAGAGACUCGGCGAUGCUGCCCUUAAGGAACAAGAGCCCGACAUAGGAGCAGCAUUCCUUAAAUUCGCAGUUGUCACCAAGGAAUUGAGCGCCCUUAUGAAGACUCUGAUGCAAAACAUCAAUAACAUCGUAAUGUUUCCGUUGGAUUCGGUACUGAAAGGAGAUUUGAGAGGUGUGAAGGGCGAUCUCAAAAGACCAUUCGAAAAGGCGUGGAAGGACUACGAGGCAAAGUAUGCGAAAAUCGAGAAGGAGAAAAAGCAACAUGCCAAGGAGGCCGGCCUUAUUCGUACGGAGGUUACACCGGCCGAGAUUGCCGAUGAAAUGGAGAAGGAGAGGCGAUUAUUUCAAUUGCAAAUGUGCGAGUAUCUCAUAAAGGUGAAUGAAAUCAAGACAAAGAAAGGUAUCGAACUGUUGCAGCAUCUAGUCGAAUAUUAUCAUGCUCAGACCAACUAUUUUCAAGAUGGCCUAAAGACCAUAGAACAUUUUGGUUCUUAUGUGGCCGAUCUGAGUAUUAAGCUGCAAAAGAUUCGACAAACUCAGGAUGAAGAACGAAGACGUUUGACAGAGUUAAGGAGUUUACUUAGGAGUUCAGGUUGUGAUAAAGAGCUAAAUGUAAAUGCAAGCGCAGGAUAUUCCUUGCACCAACUUCAAGGUGAUAAACAACAUGGUGUAACACGUUCUGGACAUUUGUUGAAAAAAAGUGAAGGAAAGAUGAGGAGGGUUUGGCAAAAAAGAAGAUGUGCCGUACAAGCCGAAGGUUAUUUGGAUAUCUGUCAUGCGGAUGAGAAUAAACCACCUACAAGAGUGAAUUUACUUACGUGCCAAAUAAAGCUGGUACCGGAUGAUAAAAGAGGCUUUGAUCUUAUAAGUUAUAAUCGUACGUACCAUUUUCAAGCGGAAGAUGAAGCAGAUCAACGUGCUUGGAUGUCGGUAUUGGUAAAUUGUAAAGAAAGAGCUUUGCUACGUGCAUUCGAUGCUAGUGGGAAAGCUGAAGCUGGCCAAGGAAAUCCUAGUUUAGUCGAAUUACAACAGGCAGUUAUACGAUGCGUUAUGCGAUUACCUGGAAACGAACAAUGUUGUGACUGUUCCUCUCAAAAUGAUGCUACCUGGUUAUCUACAAAUUUUGGUAUAAUCGUAUGUAUAGAAUGUAGUGGUAUUCAUCGAGAUUUAGGGGUGCAUAUAUCAAGGAUACAGUCUUUAACUUUAGACAAUGUGGGAACCGCCCAAUUAUUAUUAGCACGGCAUAUGACUAAUCAAGCAUUUAAUGAAGUGAUGGAAGCUACAUUACAUCAUAAUCUUAAACCAACGCCUACGUCAACGAUGGAAGAACGGUAUGAAUUUAUAAGAGCCAAGUAUGUUGAUAAAAAAUACGUCAUGAAUACUUGUGCGGAUGAACGAGAUCUCUUAUCAGAUUUAGAACAUGCAGUUAAUAAUCGUGAUCUACAACAACUCUUACAAGUUUAUGCUGAGAAUGUCGAUCUAGCAGCACCUUUGCCCACCUCUGAUAUAGGUGAGACUGCUUUACAUUUGGCAAUCUUACGAGAGAUGGGCAACAGUCUACAAAUUGUUGAUUUUCUUAUACAAAAUAUGCCAACUGGUGGUAUUGAUAGGACAACGGUUGACGGUGAAACGGCGUUACAUCUUUCAGCGAGGCACGAUAGAUCGGAAGCUAUGAAAUUACUUUUACGAGCUGGUGCCGACCCAAGUUAUAGAAAUAAACAGGAUAAAACUCCGUUGGACAUUGCUCAAGAAAUGGGACAUCAUACUUGUAAAGAAUUACUUAGUCAUGCUUUACAAAGACAGAAGACAUUAUUCGAUAACGUUAACAUCGAUUGGAAUCUAUCUCAUGACGAAGGUUCAACGGACUUUUCUGAUGACGAAACGAUCAUUGAAGAUAGGAAUGGCUGUCUAACGCCUGAGAAAAAGUCACGUAGCAGACCACCUUCAUAUGCUGGUGGUGGAGGCACAGGUUCUGGUGAUUCACCGGUGACAUUACGUAGUCGUAGCAGUACUUGUGAUAGUCUACAAAGUGGUUCCUCGCCAAGUUCCUCUACCAACAGACAACAAAUGCCACCGCCUCCUCCACCACAAACGAGAAAACCUGUUGCUGUACCCACACCGAUGACACCAGAUAUUUCAAUAAAUAUCCAUGGAUCAUUGAAGAAACGUGUUGCACCGCCUCCCCCACCAUCAGGAAGCUCAAGUGGCAUUCCAUCUUCUCAUUAUGGUACACUACCUUCGUCAGCGUCAUUAGCAACAUCCACACAUAGCCGGACGACGAGUGAGCCAAUCUUAGCUGGACACACCUUACACACACUAUCGCAUACUUUAAACACACUUAACAAUCAACACCAUAAAAGAUCACCCAGUGGAGACUCUUCUACAGGGCAUGGAAUGGACAAGACCAAUAGUUCCACGCUACAAAGACCACGUAAUCCACCACCACCUGCACCGUCCAGUGUUAGCACUUCCAGAUUGAGUAAUGGUCGUAGUAGCGAGUCUCUAAGUUCCAUGUGUUCGGAUCAUGGCCUUGGCAAUCCUGUUCCUCCUCCACGAAAGCGAAGGGACCGAUCCAGGCUAGAGAGCUACGCCGAGGAGCCUUCAUCUUUGCUCUCAAAUCUAAAUCUGCCAACGUCAUCGACCUUGAACGGUUUUCGACGAUGUCGAGCGCUAUACGAUUGUGAGGCUGAUAACGAGGACGAGUUAUCAUUCCGUGAGGGUGAGGUUAUAAUCGUAACGAACGAACAAACCGACGACGACAAUUGGAUGGAAGGUGCAUUGGAAAGAGCACCUGAAAGGAGAGGGAUGUUCCCGAUAAGCUUCGUUCAUAUGCUGCAAGAUUAACAUUCGGUAAGCCUAAACUCGUUGGCAAGUGUCUCGAGUACGGCAAGUUCGGUAAGCAUCGCCAGCCUUGGAAGAAGAAAUUGGCUGAGAAAGCAGAAGGAUUAGAAGGAGACGAAGGGGAUCGACGUUGGAGAACGUGAAAUUCUUAAUUUAUUAAAAAUAUUUUUUUGUUUUAUUUUAUUUUAUCUUUUCUAAUUUUUUUUUUUUUUUUUUUUUUUUUUUUUUUUUUUUUUUUUUUUUUUGAAGGUUAACGUGCAAAGAAAAACAAGUUAAAUAAUCUUAAGUUGGCUCUUAGAGAGACCAUGUUUAGUUUUUUUAAUUCCUUUGAAGUUGAACGGGAAUUGUUCCUUAUUUUUUUUUUGUUUUGUUUUUACCUCUUUUCUUUUUUUUUCUUUAUUUUCGUUUCGUUUCGUUUCGCUUCAUUUCGUUUCAUUUCGUUUCGUGCAAAAUUAUGAGUGUUAACCAUUCAAUGUUUCGAAUGACAAUCACGAAUCAGCUUUUUUUUUUAUUAAAAACGAGAGAAAAAGAAAGAAACAAAAAAGAAGACAAAAGGAAAUGAAAAGAGAAAAUGAAAGUGUUUUGAAAAAUGUUGAAUUGUUUCAUCUUUUAAAUAUCGAAGGAAUUAUAUUUAAUAAAGGGAUGUGCGAAUGGGUCGUGAUUACUCGAAACAAUUUUAAUUGACUGAAUAUUGAUCGAGUAUUCGAACGGUAAAGAUGUUCGAUUAAAAAAAAAAGAAAAAUGAAAAAAAGAAAAAUAAGAGAGAAAGAGAGAGAGAGAGAGAGAGAGAGAGAGAGAGAGCGAGAGAAAGAGAGAGAAGAAAGUAAAAGAAGAAAAGAAAAGAAAUCAAAAAUCGAAGUAACCUAUCGGGGUAUUUAAUACACGAGAAAGAUAUUUCGAUGUGCUUAAUAAACGAAUCCGCUGAAAACGGAUAGUUGCUUGGUUCUAAGCCGUUACCAAAAUGUGAUAUCGUAUAUUUCAUUGUAAAUCGUUAGAGUACACACAUAUACACGCGGACACAUACACAUACGAACACAUACACACACACACACACUCGCGCACGCACCUACAUACAUAACAUUAUAAAAGCGAAUACGUAUAUGAACAUAUUAUAUUCAUUUAAUUAUCAUGAAGAGUGAAGGGGAGAUUACGAUAGUUCAGUCAAACUUAAAUGAUCGUGAGAUAAGAAAAAAAAACAAAAUGGCGAACAAAAUAACGCAGAAAGAAAAAAAAUCUAACUAUUUCGAUCUUUUUCGUAUGAACAAAAAUCAUAUUUAUGACGUAUGUACCGUUGUCCAUCGUGACGUCACGAAGAAAACCGAAUCUGCACGAACGACGUGUGCGCGUAAAUAUGAAAGUUAAGUUAUCAUUGUCGUCGUGACGUCACGAAGAAAAUUGAAUUUGGACGAAUGAGCUGUACAAAUAAGAAAAAAAAGUGAGGUUACCGUCAUCUUCGUGACGUAACGAAGCAAAUAGAAUUUACACGAACGAUGUGUGUAAAGAAAUUAAGCGAGGUUAUUGUUAUUGUCGUGAUGUCACGAAGAAAACCGAAUAUGCAUAAACAAUGUAUGUAAAAAGUGGGGUUAUAUUUCUCGAUGUUACGUAUAUACUAUACCAACAAUAACAUUAACAACAAUAACAGUGUAUGUAUUCUGGCAUACACACAUACACACACACACAUACACAUACGUACAGGUAUGCAUAUAUAGAAAGAUAGUUGUCCCAUACUGCCAAUGAAAACAAAAAAAAAAGAAAGAAAAAGGAAGAAGAUACAUUAAAUGCCAUAAAUGUGCUCCUGUGAAAUGGCACAAAAGGGGUAAAGAAAAUGAAAGGGUAACGGAUCAUUACUGAAAUUCUACAGAUGUAUAUAUAUAUAUAUAUAUAUAUAUAUAUAUAUAUAUAUAUAUAUACACGUAUAUAUAUAUAUAUGCGUGCGUAUGUAGGUACACACGUAAGUAUAUAUAAAAAAAAAUGAAAAUAAUAGGUCUACUAUUAUAAAAACUCCAUCCUGUUUAAGUAUAAAAUCGAUAAAUUAAAAUAUUGCAUGGAUAUUACGAGUAUUGUAUUAAUAUAUAUUAUAUAUAUAUAUACACGCACACACACACACACAUACACGCACAUACAACAUAACAUAUACACAUAUACAAUCGACUUAAAGAUGACGUGUUACGAGUACGUGUAAAUUUUUUUAAUGCCAUAUUAUGUGCUAGUAAAAAAAGAGCUCUGAAGAAUGGUAUGUGUGUGAGUGUGUAUAUAUGUAUACACAUACAUACACAUACAUAUAGAAAUAUAUAUAGAGAGAGAAAAAUAUAUUGGUUAGAAAUCUUACGAGAUAAUAUUAACAAAUUCUUUGACAUCGAUUUUCACGAGAUUAACUUUGGAAAAUCGAAGACGAAGAAUUCAAAAUCGAUUUUCUCGUUUUAGCUUAUUUUAAGGUUACGUCGUACGGCGUAGGAAGGAUGACGACGUAUGUUGAAAAUUCGAAUUUAUAGUAUUCUAUAUACAUGUGAAUAAAUACAUAACCAAAGAGAAACCAUGGAAAAAAGUUUAAAAACGGUGUGAGAAUCUUGUAAGAAAAAAAAAAAA